AUGAAUCUCUACGAAACUCUUCCCACACCACAUAGCAUACGCGUUCUAACCUUGAAGAGACCAACGUUAGGCAUCGAGGGAAUCGAGAAGGACACUGAAAGAUCGGCUACGGGCGUCGAACAACCAGUGUACUGUGAAAUGUCAGUGAUCUCUCUGACUGAACCAGAGCCGUUCGAUGCACUAUCCUACGUCUGGGGUGACCCUUCUGUCAGGGAGCGCUCCAUGGUUUGCAAUGACAAAAUGGUUCCUAUUACGUCCAAUCUAUGGACCGCACUACAUCAGAUAUGGGGAGAAUGGCCCGAUAAAAAGCUAUGGGUAGAUGCUAUUUGCAUCAACCAGACUGACAUUCCAGAGAGGAAUCAACAAGUUACAAUGAUGGGCGGCAUCUACAACAUUGCUCAAUGUGUCGUUGUGUGGCUUGGCGAGGCGACGCAGAAGAGCGAAGACUUCUUCAAGAUCCUCGAGAAAGUGAGGGAUGGACAAGAUUUGUCACUAACCUACGGCAAAAAUUUCAACGAACUCUUGGAUUUUGGCGGAGAAAUCUUGUCUCGAGCAUGGUUUCGACGGGCUUGGACUUUGCAGGAGAUUAGCCUUUCGACAGAUUCCAUUGUUUGCUGCGGGUCCCAGUACGCAGACUUCCGGAUUUUCUUGAAAACCAUCUACUCGCUCAAUCGCCUAUCCGAAGCCGAACAUUUCUGCGGCGCCAGGAUUCUAGACGUCCCGACUCUUGCCCAGGUUGGGGAGGACAGGACCCUGUUUCACCUACUGGCACAGACGCAGGAGCGUGAAUCGUCAGACCCCCGAGACAAGGUCUACUGUUUGCUCUCGCUGUUGCCCCGGGAUCUUUACGAUUUCAUGGAAGCGGAUUACUCGCUGUCCGUGGAGGAGACUUUCACAUGGGCGGCGCGAGUGUGCAUAGAACUUGAUAAAGACCUGCAUUGCUUGUGGGCUGCUGGUCUCGAGGCACUGGAGAGAGCCCGACAGGAAAGAAGAUUUCAACGACGGCGACAGGAACGACUACAGGGUCCUCUACAGAGAGAGGAUUCGGACGAAGAAGGUCUGGAGAGCGAGGAAGAAGAUCGACGGGAAGACGAAGAUAUUUUUCUGCCAUCGUGGGUGCCUAACUGGAAGACCGAAGAUGAGGUCUCCAGUCUGAGAAAUCUUUACAGACUUAUUGAAAGCGCGAGAACAGAUCCCGAACGACUCCGCAGUCGUUCCAACCAUGGCUGGAGACUUGAGCGUAAAAGUAGAAAGAUUGGUAUCCCAGGGUUUGGUUUUGGAAGGCUCAAAAUUGACAAGCAGGAAGAUUCAGCUCUCCUCACCGUGUUUCCAAAAUGUGCCAUGAGAACUCUCGAAUUUCAGCCCAGCAAAACUUCAACGUCGAUGGAAUUAUCGAACAACGACUUUGUUACUCUUUGCAAGAGGAUUAACCGACAUGAUAUUGAGCACUGUGCCUGCAUCGAUGGCUCCCCUCGCGUCAGAUAUCCCUUGUGCCACCUGCCUACGAGGGUUAAGGAGGGUGACUGGCUCUGGACACCGACAUUUGGGAACAACAAGAGGGAUGACAAGGAUGAUUAUGAGGAUAGAAUUUAUAUUGAUAAUGGGGAUGUUUGGGAUGAUGACGAUGACGGGAAUGAUGGGAUUGAUGGGAUGAUGGAGAUGUCGAGGAUGAUGAAUGGGGAUAAAAAGGAUAUAUUUUAUGUUUUUGUUUUGCGCCCUGUUGAAGCAACUGAGGAGGCCCAAUUCCAGCUGGUCGGGAAAGGUGUCGGGAAGGCCUACAACCUCAAGCGCCAGUGGGCCCGAAUCCUGACAACUUUCAUUUUAAUUUGA